AUGAAAGGUAUAAGAGAAGUUAGUGAUGAUUCAAAUAAAUCACGUGUUCAACAAGAAAUUGAUCGUUUGAAAGAUAAAAAUGAAAAUCCUAAAGAAAAAUUUAAACAACAAGAAAAUACACUUCGACAAAGAACACCAGGUAGUGAUCAUGUUGGUAAUCCGGUAGCCGAUCAAUUUAAACCAAAUCAACAACAACAAAAAGGUCUUGUUCUCUUUGGUAUUACUUUAAAUGAACACCUUGUUUUGAUCACCUUUGUUGCACUAUUAUUUGGCUUUGCACUCGGUUAUUUUCUCUGCAGGUGGCAAUUAAAAUAA